UACGUGUUCGCGCUUGAGGUUUUAGUUUACCGGACUGUAAAGCGGUGGUAGGAUGCGGCAAAGUUUCCCACUCAUCAAUCUAUUUUGUCAAUCUAUGACUCACGAAUCAUUUAUUACGAAUUAAGAAUCCAAAUGAAAUGACCAGUAGAAAUUAUCACCUUGAUUAUAAAUACCUCUUUCAAUAAUGAAAUGUCGAAGGAAACAAAURAUGCAAAAGAUUAGAAAAUAUUUAUAGUCGGCAAAUUCUCAUUUUCUUAGCUGUUUUGGCCGGUCUCUUUUCAUUCGCCAGUGUUUGGAAAAUUCUAGAAAUUGUUGACAGAAUAAUGACAAACUGGUUUUCAUUCAGUUUAGCAUAUACAGAAGAGCUUUUGUUUGUUUUCAAUAUUGCAGCUGUACAAAGUCGUUCCUGCUUUCCUAGACGACUUGAACUGUAGUGGACAUCGGUAGCGUUGUGCUCAGUCAAAUUAACAGUUCUUCAAAUAUUGACUAAAAAAAAUAUUCAUGGGAUGGUGAACAUUAAUAACAAAUAGUUUUGGCCGGAUUUUAAUCAGGUUUUACAUUUAAUUGCUCAUUCAGGACAUGCAGUUCUAACUAGUUUUUAUACACUAUGGAUAAAUCUUCUGCCAUUAGACUUUUGCAGUUUCUCACCUUAUGGAUACAGUUCACUAGUGAGUACAGGCUUGACAUUCCUUUUCAUUUUUACUUGUCUUCAUAAUCGAAGUGGUCGUAGGAUGCGGCAAAGUGAUGAAAUUUGACCUCACAAUCCAAGGAAAAGCAUUAAGAAAYCACGUUUCUAGUAGUGAUUUUGCUACGGACGAAUCUCACUGUAAAGUUAAGUGUUUCUUGGAUAGUCGCUGUAUCUCGUACAAUUUUGGUAGCGGCGCCGAUGGACAAGGGUACGUGUGCGAGCUGAGUCACUCAGACCACAUCAUGCAUCCUGAUGACCUGGUCAACAGAACCAAUACAAUCUACGUCAGGGCACAGAAUUCUUGCAAUUGCAGUCAGAACAUGAUUUGCAGGUUUGACUUCGUAGAUAACACACACCAAUGCGACUGCUUUCCAGGUUUCACUGGAUCCGACUGUAAAACAGACAUCUAUGAAUGUGCUUCUAAUCCUUGUCAAAAUGGAGGUUCGUGUCAAGAUCAAGUCAACGGCUACGUCUGYACAUGCGUUACUGGCUUCACAGGAACAAUAUGCGAGACAAAUAUCGAUGACUGUGCAAUCAACCGUUGUCAGAACAAUGGAACAUGUAUUGAUUUGAUCAACGACUACAACUGCUCUUGUAUUUAUCCUUACUCGGGAAGAAACUGCAUGACCAGAAAAGGUUGGACUGAAUGUAUAAUCAAGAGCGGUGAGGAUUGCAUUGGCUCGAAGGAUGAUAAAUACGCUACCUUUGAAUGCCAUAAGGGACACGUGAUCGCCUUCAAACUUAUCUAUGUAUCUGGAGACGGACUGUCUUAUACCGGACAAAAAAACGAUAGAGGCUAUUGGGGUGGAACAAACGCAGGAAAGAGCAGUCUACAAAUUCAUAUAACAGAGGAUAAAGAAGAAAAUGGCAGAGUUGCGCCCCCUUCAAACUUAAUUGCACUUGACACUAUUUUAAGGAUAGGGAUAAUGGCGUAUAGCUUACCUGGUGUUACUAACAUGGAUCCUGAACUUGUGUUCCCUGAUUUUGUCCCUGCAAUGCCUUUGGAUAAGGAUACUAAAUUCAGAAUUUGGUUUGGGUCAGAUUUGUCAAGCAUAGGCGAGAAAAAUAACAUAGGACAAACGUGUGUAAGAGUCGAAGUUUUGUAUGAAUAGAGUAGCAUUUGCGUAUGAGUGGGAACCAUACACGGUACGACAACGUAAUACUGAAAAGCAGUCCCAUUCGCCACUCUAAAAACAUCGGUUAUUCACUGGUCAAACACAAAGCAUUCAAUCGAGGAUGCAAAAUUUGGAACUUCCUUGAAGCUUCUAUAGAAAGCUUUCAAUUUGACAAGUGAACCGAUGUAUGAAAAUUGUCUUUCAAUAAUUCAACCAAUAGAGGUUUUGCACCAUCACGUGACGGCAGCCAUGCCGGUUAGAUGGCAGGAACAAUGCAAUCGUUUUACAUGAGAAAGAAUUCAAUUCCUAAGAGCAAAGGGAUUUUAUUGUUCUGCAUCUAAAAUACAGGCAGCCCAAGGCUCUAUUAUGGGCACACCGCUAUGUGAUGGUGUAAAACCUAUAUUGCAGUGAAUAGUUACGGAUACCAUAAGAUAGUGUUGGGCUAAAGUACAGCUUUGAAUUUACUGUAACGUUUUACCUCAUACGAAAAUAUGCGCAUCACUUAUGAAAGACCUUAUGAAAAAA